AUUACUAUGCCAGAAUUUUUUCACUUUCAUAAUUAUCUAUAAACGCAUAAAGUCCCAUCAUGCCCGCUAAAGUUGCAAAGAAAGGCGAGAAGAAAGCUGGGAAAAAAGCUGCCAUAACGGGCACUAAGAAGAGAUCUAGAAAGAGAAAGGAAAGCUACGCUAUAUACAUUUACAAGGUUCUAAAACAAGUUCACCCUGAUACCGGUAUCUCAAGCAAAGCCAUGAUCAUAAUGAAUUCGUUUGUGAACGAUAUAUUCGAACGUAUGGCAACAGAGGCGUCGCGAUUAGCACACUAUAACAWGAAAUCAACCAUAACCUCCCGAGAGAUCCAAACAGCUGUUCGAUUACUACUUCCUGGUGAACUGGCGAAGCACGCAGUAAGUGAAGGAACGAAGGCUGUCACUAAGUACACCAGCAGCAAGUAAAGAUCCAGACAAACUUUACUCCCGUUGAAAAUACCAUAAAAAUAGUUAAGAUUUGUCAGGCCCCGUCAGAUGGCUUGCAAAUCAGCUACUUGAUGAAGGAACCCAAUUCGUUCGCUGGAUCCCAUACCAUUUCCAGUAAUGUUAUCAUUUUGUACAAUGUUAUAUUCCAAAAUUCAAUACAAACAGUUACAGUUCGUGGUUUUAAAAUGUUAUACAAAACUGAUACRAUGAAAAUGUUACAAAUUAAAUCGUUAUGAAGUACUUACAACAUCCAGUUGACAGCAUUUGCUAUGAUCAAAAGCAACAUUCUGUCCUGGAAAAAUAUAAGUAGCAAUAGUAGAGUUUAAUAACACUUUAUUGCAUUAAAACAAUUGUUGCAUUUGGGACAGUUCCUAUACAUUUCGUAUUAUUGACCCCAAUACCUCAACUUGAAGCAAUAAUUGUUUAAAUGCAAGAUCAUUUAUUUGUACAGAAUAAGAAGAGCAGGAAAUAAAGGUUCUUUUAACAUUUAGUCUUAA